ACUUACCUACUUUGGAAUUGGAGGAGAGAAAGAACAAAGAAGAGUUGCAGAGUUCAGAUUUUCCCCAAAGACGAUGAUGAUGAAAUCUGUUUGCUCGAUUUCUACAGCUCCAUUGAUUCGUUCGUCUCCAUGUCAAUCUCUUUCUCGAACAAGCUUGAAUCAUCGAUUUACCCUCAAGAGUCCAGCUUCGCUCUACUUAUCCCAUCCAACAAGUUGCUGUUUUUCGAACCCAUGGAGUUCUCAGGAGUCAUUGGAUUCCUCCCAUGGUGGAAUGUCUAAGGCAUCGAUGAGUGUUUUUGUAGGUGAUUCGCUUAAAAACCUCAAGAUGCAAGUGGACAUCCCUGCUAUUUCUCUGCAUUCUAUCAAUCCAUUAGCCAAGCUGAGUCUGAGUGAUCAGGCAUUUCUUCUCUUGGCCUUCAUCGCUUUCACGACUUCAGUGGCUUUUACCAGUCUUGUGAUUACAGCCAUUCCCACACUUGUGGCCAUGGGUAGAGCUGCAACUUCCUUUGCGAAGUUAGCUGACACAGCUCGCAAAGAACUCCCUAGUACCUUGGCAGCCGUAAGGCUCUCCGGCAUGGAAAUAAGUGAUCUUACUCUUGAAUUGAGCGAUUUAAGCCAAGAUAUAGCUGAUGGGGUAAACAAAUCAGCAAAAGCGGUUCAAGCAGCCGAAGCUGGAAUCAAACAGAUUGGAACACUUGCACAACAGCACACUCUCUCAAUGAUUGAAGAGAGAGCAAAUUUACCAGAAAUAUCGCUGCAACCUGUAGUGGCUGGGGCAGCCGAGAAGACUUCUCAAGCAAUCGGCAGUGCAACGAAGAGACUGAUGAACAUCAUAACGGGAGGAGACAAGGAUGAAGAAGAAGAUACCUUAGGCAUUUAGAAAGCUUUUAUCUAUUAUGAACAAGUCCUCCUUUAGUAGAAUUUGGUAUAUUUUGUGAAAAUCUGAUGUGUAAGACACAAAAGAAGAAAUAACAGAUGAGUUUUAUUUACUUCAUCUUAAACGUUUUGUAAGACAACAAA